AUGAACACUAACCUAAGCUUUCUUCUUCAUCUUUUCCUAGUUUCUGCUGCAUUGCUUCUUGGUGCAAGUGCAGAGACUUAUACAGUUGGAGAUAUUGACGGAUGGAAUUCUUACUCCAACUACACUGAUUGGGCCCAAGGAAAAACAUUUCAUGUUGGAGAUAAUCUUGUGUUCAACUAUGACGGUGGGCUACACAGUGUAAUACAAGUAAAUGCAACUGCAUAUGAUAAAUGUUUGAAGGAACCAAACCUGGGAGAAUCUCGAAAUGGAAAUGACACAGUAGCUUUGGCGAAGGUUGGUCGCAUUUGGUUUAUCUGCGGAAUGGCUGAUCACUGUGAAUUUGGGCAGAAGUUUAGUAUUGAAAUACUUCCUUAG